AUCGUUCAAAAUUUAUUGGAAAGGAGCGUGAGAUAGAGCGACAGUGAGAGAGGGAGAGAAGCUAAGGGAGAGAGCGAGAGAGAGUGGCGAGAGGGGUGGAAAUAAAGAUCCUUUCAACGAUGGAGCUUACAAUGGAAAACAUUGGAAAUCUGCACGGUGUAUCUCACUCCCAUCAGACGAGCGACUUAAUGAACUCUCCACAUGCGCGCCAGUCGUCGGCGUCGCAUCGGAACUUGGUGUCGCACGGGCGGUCAGCCAUGGUGUCCAGCAUGGCCUCGAUACUGGAGGGAGCAGGGGACUACCGCACAGACCACGCUUUGUCUGGCCCCCUGCAUCCGGCAAUGACCAUGUCGUGCGACUCCGGCAUGAGCCUGAGCAGCACCUACACCACGCUGACGCCGCUGCAGCACCUGCCUCCCAUAUCCACCGUCUCGGAGAAAUUUCACCAUCCACACCCACAUGCUCACCAUCAUCCGGCGCACCAGCGACUCGCAGCCGGGAACGUCAGCGGCAGCUUCACCCUGAUGAGGGACGACCGAAGCCUCGCCUCCAUGAGUAACCUCUAUGGCCACUACCCCAAAGACAUGUCCGGCAUGGGGCAGCCUCUGUCCCCCCUGUCCAACGGUCUCGGGUCUUUGCACAGCUCCCAGCAGACUCUCAGCGCCUACGGUCCUGGAGCUCACCUCUCCAACGACAAGAUGAUCUCCUCGGGGGGCUUCGAGUCCCACGCAGCCAUGCUGUCCCGGGGCGAGGAGCACCUGGCCAGGGGUCUGGGGGGCCACGGGGCCGGGCUCAUGACAUCCUUGAACGGCAUACACCAUCACAGCCAUCCGCACUCUCAGGCAAACGGGUCCAUGCUGUCAGACCGGGACAGGCAGACGGUGGUAGGAGGCGGGCAGGGAGGUGGGUCAGGGCAGGUGGAGGAGAUAAACACCAAGGAGGUGGCACAGCGAAUAACAGCAGAGCUCAAGCGCUACAGCAUUCCCCAGGCCAUCUUUGCUCAGAGGAUCUUGUGCCGGUCCCAGGGAACUCUGUCUGACCUGCUGCGGAACCCUAAACCGUGGAGUAAACUCAAGUCUGGCCGGGAGACGUUCAGGAGGAUGUGGAAGUGGCUCCAGGAGCCAGAGUUCCAGCGGAUGUCGGCGCUCAGGCUUGCAGCCUGCAAGCGCAAAGAACAGGAGCAACACAAGGACCGCAACACAGCGCCCAAGAAACAGCGUCUGGUCUUCACUGACCUGCAGCGCCGCACACUCAUCGCCAUCUUCAAGGAGAACAAGCGCCCAUCCAAGGAAAUGCAGAUCACCAUCUCCCAGCAGCUUGGCCUGGAGCUCAGCACCGUCAGCAACUUCUUUAUGAACGCGCGGCGCCGCUGCGUGGACCGCUGGCACGACGACCACGGUGCCAGCCCCGGGCAGCCGGGCACAUCCGCCACCACUUUCUCCAAGGCCUGAGAGGAGGAGAGGACCUUCAGAGGGCCGGGGAACCAGGUUGGAACAACAGGCUACAUGGGAAAUUGGCUGUGAAACCUGUCGAUAACAACCCUUCCUGGCCUGGGCUGUCUGAAUGUGUCCUCUGCCCGAAAAAAUCCUUUGUGCCAUGCAAUCAUCUUUUUUGUCAGUCAGAAUUUCAAGCUCUCACCUGAAACAAGCAUAAUCUAAAAGGUGAAUUGUGAAGUCAGGUCCACUCUGCAUUAACUCACAUAAGGACAAUCAUUGAUUCUGUCUUUUUUGAAAGAAAAUCAUUUUUAUGGCAUCUGACAAAGUAAAGAGACACCAAAGAUUUGAUGUUUUUGUUGGAUGGUAUAAGACAUAUUGCCUCCUUCACCACCCAAGUAGCCACUGAUUCUGCUUUUUUCUUCCAACUCACCUCCUUUGUGUUUGCCUCUCCUCUCUGUCUCUCAUCCCCGCUACACCGGCACACGGAAGCAACAAGGGCGAAAGAACGGCAAUAAAUCUGACAACAGAACAGCACAUAGCCUUAUUAUCCAAGCCCCAUCCUGCACACACAAGGCCGUCAUAAAGAAAACAACGCAGCCUAUGAAAAAAACAACAAGGCUUUCCAAUUCUCCGCCUCUACCUCCCCCCCUUCCUCCUGUAGUCUCCUUCAUUCCUCAGCCAAAGGUAUUCCCUGAUGGCCAGCCAUUUCAGAGAGCAGCUCAGCCUGAUCAUACGGCAAACUAAUGAAUUGAAAAAUGAAUCGAUGCAGACAGAGAGAGCGGGGCCUUGACCCCUCCUGAAGGUGAAACUCAAGAUGCUCGGCAGUAGAUACUCAGGUCUUCCAGGCCCAGGUCUAUAUUUUUUGCACAGAUGUUGGAGGCCUGUAGGGAGACAUGUCAUUGUUACUCUUAGCCUGAGCCUAGAGUCUGUGUUUCUCUGACCAACAGGAGAGGCGGGUGAGAUGUCUGGACAUGCUCUUUGUUCUGCUGGGAGCUUUUCCUCUGAUCAAUAACUGAGAAGCAAGCGACAACAACACGCUCGGGCAUCCAGCCAACUGCAUUACAGCUGCAUAUGAAAAGCAGAAUGUAAGAGGAGCACAUGGAACCCACUGGAGAUGGGGACACAAAGGCCUCAUAACAGCAGCAGCAGCAGCAGCAGCACACCUCUCC